AUGCUCGGCAUCACCAAAUUUAUCACUUUCGGUGAUGUCGCAAUGCAAGUUGCACCCCAAAGUGUCGGUCUGGCUUGGCUUGGUAUCAGGCUCACACUCUCCGCCAUUCAGAGUGACUUCAGCCUCUAUGGUCUAUUCUCAACUGGUUUGUCGGAUGUCACUGAUAUCAUGGUCAUUAUGGCACACAGCAUAGAAAAUACUGUAAGCAAUAUUGGAGACUUCCAGAGUACGAUGCAGGACCUGAAAGAUCGGACAACUGCAACCACCAAGGCCGUUAAGGAGAUGCAAAAGGAAUUGAGAGAAACUAGUACGAACACAAAAGCCAAAACGCCAUGGGACAUGGCUGUUGACGAUUUCAAGAAAAACAACGAAGCACUGAAGCCGUUGAAUGACACCAGCGAAAAGCUCGGUUCUGGAAAAUCCGUUGUUCUUGCAACCGUUGUCGAACAUCUCGAUCUUGAUGUGGAAUAUACCAGCAAAAUAUUUUAUCUUUCUUGUGGACUCAACCGGGACGACGAUUCAAGUCGAGUUGCCCCAACGGCUGACAGUAUCUGCAAUAAGCUUCUCCAUUGGCUUUAUGCUUUCGCAAAGCAGAAUGAGCAACAAAUCGAGGUCUUAAAAGACUGCAACGGAUUCUUCGAGAACUUCAGAACGAAAACGAAGGAAGAGGGCAAGGAUAUCUCCUCGAAAAUGGGCCUUGUAGGUACUGGUGAGAGUGGCCCAGAUUUCGUGGAUACAUUUUCCUCGUUGAUGCAACGACUCGAUGUUGGAGUCACCAUUGCUUUAGAUGGGCUGGAACGCAUGCCUCUUAAAGACUCAGAAAACCUGGUUACACGACUAAAAAGCCUUCGCGACCGGAUGUAUACCAAAGCUUCCUUCAGAGUCAUCGUGACAUGCGGUUUGAAAAACCGCGUCCAUGAUAUGAUGAUAUCACUCAAUGUUGGCGAGUUUAACCGGGAGGACAUGGCGAAGAUGCUCUCUGAAGAACUCAAAUCAAUACCCGGUUUAACUCAAUCUGAGUUCAAAGAAGCCACCGAUGCAAUUCGUCACAAAGCUGGUUCUCGAUUUGCAUAUGUUAGAGAUAUCGGCAUACCUUUCAUGCGGGAACCCUUCCAGCGACCUAUGUCAGACCGUCUAAAUGCACUACCAGAGGCUCGUGUCGACCCCACAAUUGAACUAGUCAUGGAUACAUAUAACAGAAAGUACGAGGAACGUGUCACCAAAGCCGAAGCAGAAGCCCGCUCUCUUGAGCAUCUGACGUUAACUGGUGCUCAUGGGCUAGAACUAAAACAAUUACGAAACGCAAGUGGUCCUUUUCUCCGGAUCAACCAAGACACUACCGUCGUCCUCACCGAUUUUGACCAUAUCAAAGAAUUCGUCAUGAAAACAGGCAGCUCCGAGUUACCACACAGUUCGAACAAGGAGACAUUAUGUACGAGCUAUGGCAUGGUUGAACACAACGGUGAUAUGCAAGAGGUCGCUGUUCUUACGGAAAACGACCCGACGACAAAGACACAGAACGGCAUCAUGGCAGACGCUACCGGGCUUGGCACAGAGAUGAAAAACGAAGACAAAAAUAAGUUGGAAGAAGCGGAUGAGCAUAAAACUGUGGGCCCUAGCCCCGAAAGACACAGUGACACUGACACCGACACUGACGAUUUCAACGACGACAAGGAUCGGUGCAUUGAACAAUACCCUGACGAUUAUGGCGACAGUAUGAACUUCGAUUGCAGUACCUACGAGAGUCGCUACGAAAUGCAAUACUGGAUGUACCAUCUUCGCGAGGCACAAGAGCAAUGGAACUCAACGGAGAGGGCAAAAAGUCAAGGCUGGGCAGAGAUCUUCGAUGAGCUCGACUAUCUCACCUCAACCAAUGUGUCCUUUUUUAACCUCUUGGAAAACAAUGCCAAUCCACUCAGUGUUGCCGCUAAACAUGAAUUAACCAGCUGGAUCCAGCACUUGCUUGUGAAGGGCGAAACGCAUAACAGCCAAGAAGAAAUCCAAAGCGCGUUGGAGGUAGCAGCUUCUCGCCUGAACAAUACUGCUACCUUGAAAACACUUCUUGAGAACAUCGAAGAACCAAAGGAUGUCGAACGGUUCAAUGGCGCGUUCCAAAAAUGCCUGUCCGUUGAUCCAAGCUUCGAUACGAUCAAGUUAUGGCUUGACUAUGGUGCCGACCCGUCCAAAUCUAAGAGAUAUAAUGGUUUUACUGGCUUCCACUACUUUGCGUGGGGUGGAACCGACUCAAGAGUGCUUGCUCUCCUGUUGGAUCAUGUCACUGAACCAAACAUCAAUGUCCAAGCUCGCGACGUCCCCAAAGAUCUUUUGAAGACUUUCCUCGAUCAUGACGCGGAUAUCAACAGAGACGACUCACACUCAAAGCGCCCACUACAACUAGCUAGUGUCUGGGGUGAACUUGCAACCUUGAGGAUUCUGCUCGAUUAA